AUGACCGACUACCGCGGUGCCACCGUCGAGGACCUCCAGCUCUCGCCGGCUCUCGUUCUCCCCGUCUCGACCUCGAUCGGCACGGCUCUCCAGCUGGCUUUCGAGCGCGACUUCAGCAUCCUCCCCUUGCACGACCCUUCGUCUCGCGCGACCCUCCUCGGCUGGCUCUCGGUCGACGCCCUCAAGCCCGCCGCCGAACGUGGCGAGCUCGACCUCGACGCGCCCCUGAGCAGCCUCCAGUCCGGUGCCGCCGAGGACAGCGAGGGUGCGCGGCCGGUCAAGACGUUCAAGCGCGGCAAGACGUACAAGGUCAUCACGCCCAACACGCCGCUCGAGGAGCUCGAGGCGUUCUUCACGGCGCAGAGCGGGCCGAGCGGGAGCGGUGCAGCGUUCGCGCUUGUCACGGAUGGCGCGCGCAAGUUCGUCCUCGGGAUCGUCACGGUCGACGACUUGACCAAGUUCACCUCGCGUCGCUACGGCACCAACCCGCAAGCCUAG